CAGCGGGCCAGUUGUCCGCGGUCUCUCCGGCGAAGAGGUUCACGCUUGUCGAGCAGUCCGCCUCACGUGUCGCGCUCCGCGUGUUUCCCACGUGUCUCGCGCCACCGCGUCGUCCCUCCAACCAGCGUGAUUCGCGCCCAGUUUUCCCGACUCCAACUUCGAAUUUCCGUGUCGGGAAGUAUAUUAUUAUCCAGGCCACCCGAAUAUCUGCGAUUACGAUGUUUUCGAAUGCUUCGUGAAAAAACAUCUCGUGAUUCGCCCCGAGUUUUUGCGUUCCAGCGGAUUUUCGACUUCGUUUUCAUCCAAGCCACCCGAGUAUUUUUUGUGAAAUGGAAGAACCAAGAAUCUCGUGAUUUGGCCUCGCGGAGUUUCCCCUCGAUUUUCCGGUCUGUGGAAUUAAAUUUUUAUUAAGCCUGACCUUGUGUUCGCAGGUACGGCGUUUUAGUAAAAAUUAAAGAAAUACAGAAACCGCAGCCUCUGCACUUCGUAUGUUUUUUUGUAAACAAAGGGAUCUCACAUCGCAUAAUUUUCUCUAUCGUCAGCCCACAUUCUCGUCGAAGUUUUUACGUUCGAUCGAAUUUUAGAAAGAUUGUUGUUUUUGAUCGUUCAAAAAUUUAAUCGAUUUUAAAGCAGAAGCUCAAUCAGUGUGUGAAGUGAAAUAGGCUCCCUGGAAGAUUUCCAAAGCUUCCGUUGGUGACGUCCAGUGACUGAAUCAGUUUUUGAUGAUUUGAUUGUGAUUCAAACGACCCGAAACGUUUGGCAGUUAUAUCGACGGACUCAGUUUCGCUGCGAAAAAGCUCUUGUGGAUUUGCGGGGCGUGAUUUUGUGAAAUUCAAAAUUGGGAGUGCCCUUUUGGUUGAUAAGAUUUGAAAAUGGUGCGGAUUUAGAAGUGAAAACUACGGAGUGUUUAUUUCGAAGCCCCGUUUUGGAAUCAAGUUAUGCGAUAGCUCCUUAUUUCACAGAUCAGAUGAUGGCACAGCCAAUGGAGAAAGGACCAUGAGGAACCAGGAAUGGACAGGGAGAAAAUUCAAGGGGUCGGGGAAUUUCCUGCACGCCCCGCUAUGAGCCCCCGACGUCCGUUCUGCAAGUUCACGCUGACCUUCCACGGAGGAUAAAAUGCCCCGAACCACCGGAAACGCAACAGACACCAGUCGCCCUCGCGCGUCGUCCCCGAAAAUCCACCAACCACCAAACUUGAAGCACCCGCCUCACCGACGAAGGAACCGGUCAGCCAGAAAUCUGAUCCUCAGCCCUCGUUUGUCACUUUAGAAUACGCGCGGAAUGUGGACGAUUCGGACCUUUAUUCAGAACUAUUAAACUCUUCUAUCGUUGGAUACUCUCCGUGUUUAGUGUUGAGGUCCGAACAUUUUCUGAAUAGAGGAAGUUCGGAAAGAGUCGUUUGGGGGGAUCGGGCUGUUUUUGGAACACCUUCGAAACGUAGAUUCUGAUCUAAGAGCUGUGAUAUGAUUGUAUAGAUGCUUUAUUUUGUACGAGUUAGUUUGUAAAGUUUGGUUGUGACUCGAGUAUUUUAGGCUAGAAAGGAUCUCGGUACUAGUGAUAAACCGCGACGAGGUUUUAAGAGCAAAAAAAGUUAGUUUUAUUAAUAACGACAGACGUCACUUUAUACCAAAGAAAUCUAAACUGCACAAAUCUGGCAUUUCAGAUCCGCACUACGAAGGCAUCAGUUUUUCUCAAAAGAUUGUCAAAUAAUUGCGUUGCGAUUAAAGAUUGAGCCGGAGGCUCAAAAUAGAGCUGCAUAAUAUCAGUUAAGCGCCAAAAGCUAUUGACGUUAAACUACGGUGCUCAUCCUUCAAUUGAGCAACUAGCAUCCUGAGUUGAGCCGGUUGAGGCGCAACUAAUUACGCAACUUGAACACCAACCAUCAGAUUAGACAUUUGAACAGCAACUUGAACAUCCACCUAAGCAGCAGCUUUAACCGUAGUUUUAUCCGUAACUUAAGCUGCUGGAACACUGGAACUUGAUCACGACAGACUGCAAUUUAAGCAGCAACUGAAACGCUGCAGUAAACAUUGACCUGAGUGGUAACCUGAGUAGCAACACAACCGCAAGUUGGGCUACUGAACGUCAACUUGCUCCGCAACUUGAGCUGCGACUUGAACUGAAGAGCAAGAAACUAAAUUUUGGUCUGCAACUUGAGCGGUAACUCGAGCCGCAACCUGAGUAUUCCGUGCAACCUGAGUAUUCCGUGCAACCUGAGUAUUCCGUGCAACCUGAGCGUCUGUCGGAAGCCGGAGCACGAUGAGCUGGUGAAGAAGGGCGGGUGCGCAGGCUCAUGAUUUCCGUCCUCGCGUCGGUCGUCGAGAGCAACGCGUCGAGCCUGAACAGCAGCCUGAGCGGGAACCUGAGCAGCAACCUGAGCGCGCUGAGCAACGGCUUGAGCGGGAACCUGAGCAUCCUAAGCAACCUGAGCGUGCUGAGCCCGUACCCGCUGCAGCCGGUGGUGCCGGGCGGGAGCAACUUCUCGGGGGGCAACGGCUCGGGUGCGGGGGCCGGGGCGGGGGGCGCCGUGGGGGCCGGGGCGAGCCAGGACGGGGGCCCCGUCUUCCCGGCCUACAUCCGCACGACCUCCAUGGUCCUCUGCAUCAUCAUCCUCGGGAUCGGCGUCGUCGGCAACAUCAUGGUCCCCAUCGUCAUCCUCAAGACGAAGGACAUGCGCAACUCCACCAACAUCUUCCUCACCAACCUCUCCAUCGCCGACCUCAUGGUCCUUCUAGUCUGCACCCCGACCGUCCUCGUCGAAGUCAACUCCAAGCCGGAGACCUGGGUUCUCGGAGAAGAAAUGUGUAAGGCGGUGCCAUUUGUGGAGCUGACGGUGGCGCAUGCAUCUGUGCUGACGAUCCUGGCCAUCAGCUUCGAGAGGUACUACGCCAUCUGCGAACCCCUCAAAGCCGGCUACGUCUGCACGAAAACCAGGGCUCUUAUAAUCUGCCUCCUGGCUUGGGCACUUGCCGCUCUCUUCACUAGCCCGAUCCUGCUGAUCAUGGAGUACCGCUUCGAGGAGUACAUCGACGACACGAUGGUGCCGGUGUGCUGGGCCUCGGCCGAGUCCCUCCUGCGGAAGCUCUACUACCUGGCGACCAUCUCCCUCUUCUUCAUCCUCCCUUUCUGCGUCCUCCUCGUCGUCUACACGGUCAUCGCCCGGCACCUCAUGGCCCCGCCCACCUCGGCCUCCGCCCCCGGACCCCCCGGGGCCCCCCAGGAUACCUCCUCCUACAACCACCGCGCGCGUCGACAGGUGGUGCUCAUGCUGGCUACUGUGGUUCUCUCCUUCUUCGUCUGCCUGCUGCCGUUCCGCGUGGUGACCCUGUGGGUCCUCUUCGGGCCGGACGUGCGGGACAAGUCCGGACGCCCGCUCUCCUACUACGGGGUCCUCCACUUCUCCCGACUCAUGCUCUACCUCAACUCGGCCGUCAACCCGAUCCUCUACAACCUCAUGUCCUCCAAGUUCCGCUACGGCUUCCGCAAGCUCUGCUGCUGCCUCCGCUCGCGGCGACGCAACCAGCUCCAGCUCCUACGUCACACGGGUACACUCACGACCACCUUCUCCAGCGCCAGGUUCCGCGGCUCGCCGAGUCUCUCGUGGAGGUCCAGUUCCAUGGAGUCCCGGGCCCCGGUGUCCUACUGCAGGAACGGCUCCUACCGCAGGAACGCCAUGUCGUCCUCCUUGCUCAAGCAGAAUAGUGAUAGUACUAUUCGGGGGCUCAGUGAGAGUUACGUCUGACGCAACCAGAGGCAACCAUCUCUCCACUAGUCGGGGCUUUUCCGUUUCACAGGUGGACGUAGACCCCAAAUCUGCCGUGCUAAGGAAGAACGCCGUAUGAACAUUCGAGUGCUGCCAA